CGUGGCCGGACAAGUGAGUUGCGGAACGUGCGUCCACCCCUUCGCGCCGCGUCUCACUUCAAUCUAGGAACCCUCUCGGGCGGCUAUUGCGUACGAGCGGAACUCGUCGUCCUCGUUGUCGUCGUCGUCGUCUUAUCGUGUCCCAUAGACAGUCGGCCACGAGGGAAGAGGGAAAAAUCGGCCGCGACGUAUCCGUUGUUCAUUCGUCCACCGGAGACCGGAACUCUGAGUUUCGCACUUCAGCUCCGGCUGUAGGCGUCAUCCAGCGGCGUUAUCGAACGCGCACGUCAGCUCGCGACUCAAUUCAACUCGUCCAAGGAUGUUGAUGCACAACGGUAGCGUCGUGCUCGGGCCGUUGGCUUUCGCCAGCAGAGUCGGAGACGUUCAACCGUUGCAAGAACGAUUCCUGGGAUGGAAUUUUCCCGCGGAGCAUGCGGACCUUGUGCAUCCUCAUUGGCGCGCCUUCCUCGCGCCCGGAAGACUGUGGCACAUCGCCCUCGCGCUUAUUUAUUUCUUGCUCUUGAUGCUCUCCCUCGUCGGGAAUGGCAUCGUCAUCUGGAUUUUCAGCACGUCCAAAUCACUGAGGACACCGUCGAACGUGUUCGUCCUGAACUUGGCCGUGUUCGAUCUACUGAUGGCAACGGAGAUGCCUAUGCUGAUCAUAAACAGUUUCCUGGAGCGUACGAUUGGUUGGGAGACCGGAUGCGACGUGUACGCUCUGCUCGGCGCGAUUUCCGGAAUGGGGCAGGCGAUCACUAACGCGGCGAUCGCCUUCGAUCGAUACAGGACGAUCAGCUGUCCUAUUGACGGUAGACUCAACGGGAAACAGGCUGCGGUGAUAGCUCUGUUCACGUGGUUUUGGGCACUGCCUUUCUCGAUAUUGCCUAUGACGGGAUUGUGGGGUCGAUAUGUGGCAGAGGGUUUCCUCACCACGUGCAGCUUCGAUUACCUUACAGACGACGAGGACACGCGGACGUUUGUGAUAACAAUAUUCUUCUGGGCGUAUGUUCUCCCCAUGUUGCUGAUUAUUUACUUUUACUCGCAAUUGCUGAAAUCGAUUCGCAGUCACGAGAAAAUGCUGCGCGACCAAGCCAAGAAGAUGAAUGUUAAGUCGCUCGUGUCGAACCAAGACAAAGAGAGAAGCGUCGAGAUGAGGAUCGCAAAAGUCGCAUUCACCAUCUUCUUUCUCUUUGUCUUCGCGUGGACGCCAUACGCAGUUGUCGCCUUGACGGGAGCCUACGGAAAUCGCGAAGCGCUCACUCCCCUGUCGACAAUGUUGCCGGCCAUUUUCGCCAAGACGGUCUCGUGUAUCGAUCCGUGGAUAUACGCGAUCAACCAUCCUAGGUAUCGACAAGAGUUGGAGAAGCGCUGUAAGUGGCUAGGAAUUCGGGAGCCAGUGGCCGAGGACAGCGUGUCGGCGCAGACCGAGAAGGUUACCGUGGAAGAAUCGUAAUCCCACCGAUGAUGAACGUGUCAUCGCGGUGUCGAUUGUCGAGAGGAUGCCGAUCGAUCGCGUCGCAUUGUCACCACGAGUGCGAUCUCGACUCGGUCGCCUAGAUAUACGUCUUCUCCCCCUCUUCCCUCUUCUGUUUCUUAAAAUGCAUUCUACUUGUGUAUGCAACCCAGAUCGAGAACUCUAUCCGAAGAAGAUCGUUAAUGAAAGAAUAUUGCGCGCUGUUUAGCUCACAUACGUCGAGCUGUUACGUAAAUAUAAUCAGAGCAUACAUGAAAGUGGUUUUUGGAUUUUCAUCGCUUCCCGCGCCGCGCACACCCUCAGUAAUAAAUUCAGAUAAUGCGAUCCAAAUUUUCCCCUCGACCAUUCCGAUACAUCGUGCUUUCUGUAGGCUGAAAGAGAUGGCGACGUACGGCAACCUGCGUUGUGCUGCCAUCCCGGUCCCGGGCCAACUUUUAUGAAUCAGAUUAAAAAUUUUUAAGUACGAAGUAAUUAUCUGGUUGCGUCAUAUUUGUCAAAACAACGAUGCAAAAUAUCUAUACGAUCAAAUGCAAUAAUCAUGACCUAUGCAAAGUGGAUUAUAUCUCAUCGUGCACUUUUUGUCAUUUUCCUCAAAUAGUUUGCUUUCCUUUUGCAUAUAAAAGAUAUUGCAUAAUUAA